GGAGGAAAUUAAAGUAACUCUCCGUCGGCUCGCUCUCGUCGGGUCGAGCGGAGGAGCACUUGUUCUGCGGGCAGGGUGAGGUGUGAGGAUGAAGAUUGCAGUGAUUGGUCAGAGUCUGUUCGGCCAGGAGGUGUACAAGGAGCUGAGGAAGGACGGCCAUACCAUCGUAGGAGUCUUCACUAUCCCUGACAAGGAUGGCAAGCCUGACCCACUGGCCACUGAGGCAGAGAAGGAUGGCGUAGCCCUCUUCAAGUUCCCCCGUUGGCGUGUGAAGGGCAAGGCCAUCCCGGAGGUGGUGGCUCAGUACAAGGCCAUGGGUGCCGAGCUCAAUGUCCUGCCCUUCUGCUCCCAGUUCAUUCCCAUGGAGGUCAUCGACCACCCCAAACAUGGCUCCAUCAUCUACCACCCCUCCCUACUGCCUCGCCACAGGGGUGCCUCUGCUAUCAACUGGACCCUGAUCCACGGUGACAAAAAGGGUGGAUUCACAGUGUUCUGGGCUGAUGAUGGACUGGACACUGGACCAAUCCUGCUGCAAAGGGAUUGUGAUGUUGAACCCAACGAUACCGUCAACACAAUCUACAAGAGAUUCCUCUUUCCAGACGGAAUCAAAGGCACAGUGGAAGCAGUGAGGUUGAUUGCUGAAGGGAAGGCCCCAAGGAUCAUCCAGCCACAGGAGGGAGCCACGUAUGAGUGCAUCCAGAAGAAAGAAAAUGCGAAGAUUGACUGGAACCAGACUGCUGAGGCUCUCCACAACUGGAUCAGAGGAAACGACAAAGUGCCUGGUGCCUGGGCAGAGGUGGAUGGACAGAAAGUGACUUUCUACGGCUCCACUCUGGUGGAUAAUGGCACCACAGCUAACGGUCAGUCCCUGGAGAUCCCCGGAGCCAGCCGACCUGGUAUUGUCACCAAGGCAGGCCUGAUGCUGUUUGGCAAUGAUGGCAAGGCACUGUUGGUGAAGAAUCUGCAGUUUGAAGAUGGGAAGAUGAUUGCUGCAGCGCAGUACUUUAGCACAGGGAGCAGUGCUGCUGUGGAGCUCACAGAGGAGGAGAACACCUUUGCUGAACAGAUGAGGGCAGUGUGGAAGAGCAUUCUGAGUAAUGUGGAUCAUAUUGAAGACGCAACUGAUUUCUUCAAGUCUGGUGCUGCUUCAAUGGAUGUGGUCAGGCUUGUAGAGGAGGUGAAACUUCGGGCCAGUAGCUGCCAGCUGCAGAACGAGGACAUCUACAUGAAUACUACCUUCCAGGAUUUCAUCCAGAUGUGCGUCAGGAAGCUCAGAGGGGAGGAUGAUGAAGAGGAACUGAUCGUCAACUAUGUGGAGAAGAACAUCAACAACAUGACCAUCAAAUUGCCUCAUCAGCUAUUCAUCAAUGGAGAGUUUGUUCAUGCAGAGGGAGGAAAGACCUACAAAACCAUCAACCCCACUGAUGGCACAGUCAUCUGUGACGUGUCUCUGGCCCAGACAAGUGAUGUGGACAAGGCAGUGGCUGCUGCUAAGGAGGCCUUUGAAGAGGGAGAGUGGGGAAAAAUGAACCCCAGAGACAGAGGCAGACUCAUCUAUAAGCUGGCUGACCUUAUGGAGCAACACCAGGAGGAACUGGCCACCAUCGAAGCCAUCGACUCCGGAGCUGUUUACACACUGGCCCUCAAGACUCACGUGGGCAUGUCCAUCCAGACCUUCCGCUACUUUGCUGGCUGGUGUGACAAGAUCCAAGGCAGCACUAUCCCCAUCAACCAGGCCAGACCCAAUCGUAACCUCACCUUCACCAAGAAGGAACCAAUAGGAGUGUGUGCCAUCGUGAUUCCCUGGAACUACCCUCUGAUGAUGCUGGCUUGGAAGACAGCAGCCUGCCUUGCAGCUGGAAACACAAUAGUCCUUAAACCUGCUCAGGUGACUCCACUGACGGCUCUGAAGUUUGCUGAGUUGGCAGCAAGGGCAGGACUGCCCCGUGGUGUCAUUAAUAUUCUGCCUGGGUCAGGUGCUUUGGUGGGUCAGCGUCUGUCUGACCAUCCUGACGUCCGUAAACUGGGCUUCACAGGUUCCACUGAAAUCGGUAAACACAUCAUGAAGAGCUGCGCAGUCAGUAAUGUGAAGAAGGUCUCUCUGGAGCUCGGAGGAAAAUCCCCUCUCAUCAUCUUCAGUGACUGUGACAUGGACAAGGCUGUGCGCAUGGGCAUGAGCUCAGUGUUCUUCAAUAAGGGUGAGAACUGCAUCGCAGCCGGCAGACUGUUUGUGGAAGACACCAUUCAUGACCAGUUUGUGAAAAAAGUGGUUGAGGAGGUCAAGAAGAUGAAGAUUGGUGAUCCCCUGGACCGCUCCACCGACCACGGCCCUCAGAACCAUAAAGCCCACUUGGACAAACUCGUGGAGUAUUGUAAGACCGGUGUCAAGGAAGGAGCCACCCUGGUCUGUGGUGGCAAACAGAUUCAGCGACCAGGUUUCUUCUUUGAACCCACAGUCUUCACUGAUGUGCAAGACCCCAUGUACAUUGCUAAAGAGGAGUCAUUCGGCCCCAUCAUGAUCAUUUCCAAGUUCAAGGGCGGUGAAGUGGACGAUGUCCUGAGAAGGGCCAAUGCUACAGAGUAUGGCCUGGCAUCAGGUGUUUUUACACGGGACAUCAGCAAAGCUCUGUAUGUCAGUGAAAGGCUCAAUGCUGGCACAGUUUUUGUCAACACCUACAACAAGACUGAUGUGGCCUCGCCUUUCGGAGGCUUUAAACAGUCUGGAUUUGGCAAAGACCUGGGACAAGAGGCUCUCAAUGAAUACCUGAAGACAAAGGCAGUGACCAUUGAGUAUUAAGCCACAUUACAGAGGAAAGAAAGCAAUGAGGAAAUCGGCUUCCGGCAUGCAGUGCCGUACUUUGUGUGGUAAUUGACAGAAGAGUCAUGUAGAGGGACUGUUAUACUUAAAGCCUUAACAUGUUAAUUAAUCAGAUUAACAUUUUAAAUUUGUCUAACACGUCAAUAUUCAGUCCUCUCAAAAACACACACCUGAGCCAUGUUGUAAUAUAUAUUGUUCUGAAAUAUGCAAAUGAAGUAUGUUUCUAGGUGGCCCGAAUAACUUCUGAGACUGCUUUUGUUAUCAGUGUGUUUGAGUUACAAGAGAGGAAUUUCAAACAGAUUGCAUUCAUUUUUAAAAUGACUUACAUUAGGUCAGAAGUCUUAAGAAAUAUAAAUUUCUAACAAUUUUUGGUUAUCAAUGAAAACUGCUGAGCAACCCACUGCUGUGGACCUCUUUAUUACUGCUGUUAUCACAUCUUUUUCAUGAUGCAUUUUAAAGGGGUUGUUUUAACAUUUUGGAAAAUACACUUAUUUACUUUCUUCCGGAGUGAAUUGAGAAGAUUGAUACAACUCUCAUAUCUGUAUGCUAAAUAUAGAGCUGCAGUAAUCCUUAUGAAUUAUAGGCAAUAAUGCUUACGAAUUAUACGAUUAGUGUGACUGUUAUACUAUACUUGUUAACUGAAAACUACCUAAACUGAAACCAGUGCUGAUACAAAACCUGAUUUCAUGUACUUGUGCCACAAUUAUAUUUCUUUUUUCCACCAUCUUUUUUUGAUGAAUAUAAGCAUAAUUGUCUUCUUGAUCCAACAAAUAAGCCAGACUUCUUACAUGCAUCAGUGUUUAAAUCCUUAAAAGAAAAAAAGGACAUACAAUGACCUUGCUUCAAUAAAAUACAGUACAAAAUGAUUAUAUAAUCAGAGAAUAUCUUAUCAAAGAAUGUAAACCAGACUGGAAAUCUCAGCAGGUACUCUACACCAACUUCAGUACAUAAGUUUUUGAUACUUGCUAGACACACUUCCGAGUGUCAGAUAUUGAGUUUUGAUAUAACGUGAGACAAAGAGAUCAUUGGGAUCCUGCAGAUCCUAACACUUUUGGGUACUGGGUAAAUGUAUAUGACUGUGAGUGGUGCAGGAGGUAAACAUCAAGUCUAUAGUAUGAAAUUAAAUACAGUAUAUAAAAAUAUGAGGAUGUUUACCAGUCAUGUAAAUGUUUUGCCUUCCUUUUAAUUCUAUGCCUCCAAAUACAGUACGAAAGACAGUGAAGUUUGUAUUUUCAUCCUCACUUUUUAGACUAAUCGUGUAGUAGUGACUUAAGUUUUGGUUAAACGUGAUCAUUUUAACAGGAUGCUGGCAUGGAAAAAGUUAUGAAUUUACAAUUUUCCGUGACUGAGUGAGUAAGUGAGUGAAGUUACACAAUUGGUCAGCCAAAUGAUGUGUGCCUGAAUGCUAAGUUAAACCAUCGGUCGGCUGGCCAAGUGUUGGAGUUCCCCCAAUGGCUCUUUUGAAAAUGAAAUGGAACAUUUUCGGAUACGUCAGAGGGACAUUCUAUUAUGUUGGGGGGAGGGAUGUACCGAUUUACCGAUCUUUUUUUUUUUUCCCAGACCCCUUUAGCGACUUUUCUUCACAAAAACACCUAGCCACAAAUCUGUCGUUUGGACAAAACGUAGCUCCUUUCCAUAGACCAGAGUCACCAGUAUUGCCCUGCAAGCGCAAGGUUGGGCUUUCCCUCCGCAGGCACACCUCUCUAUGCAUUUCAUUCAAUUGACCAC